AUGGGAAACACAACUUCUAAUCAUCCUCAAAUAACAGAAGUCUUGACAGAAUACCACUUUUAACAUAAGAAUUGUCUUAUUACCUCUCAUUCUUCAUAAAGAAAAAUUUUAAAAGCUGCUUCAAAACGAAAUGAAAUGCCCCAUAAAAGUAAUCGCCGAUUUGCUCCCAAUAUUGUCAAAUCUUUGGAGUUUAAGAGCGAAGGUAAUCAAUACAUACAGAUGAAACAAUAUAAAAAAGCUAUUGAAUCCUAUACAAAAGCUAUUAAUCUCUAUGAUAAUGAUUCAAUCUAUUUCUCAAAUCGUUCAGUGGCUAAUAAACUUCUCAAUAGAUUCUAGGAAGCUAAAUAAGAUGCUUAAUAAGCUAUAAAAAUUGAUUAGUAAAAUUCAAGAGCUCAUUUCCUUUAUGGAACUGUUAUUUUGAUUGAAGUCCAAAUGUUUCCUGACAUUAAUGAGGCUCUCAUAAGGCAAGCAUAAUUGGGAAUCGAAGAACUCGAAAAAGCUUCUGUAUAGGUUAAAUAAAAUAAAAAUGAAUAAAAAAAUAAAUUAAAAGUCUUGAUUAAUUAAAAUUUGGCUAAAGGAAAAAGAAUGGUAUUCUUGAUAAGAUAAGAAAUAGAUAAAAGAAAUAUCUAAUCUCUAAAAUAAACUCUAAAUGAUAUUUCUCAUAGAUAACAUCAUAACUUAGAUUGGAAUUAAAUAGAACAGAUAAUCCAUAAGAAAAUGGAAAUUAUUUUACCAGAAUGCUUUGUAUGUCCAAUCACAUAUGAAAUAAUGGAUGAACCAACACUUCUCAAUUCAGGGUUAACAUAUGAUAAAAAUAGUAUUUAGUAGCAAUUUAAAUUAAAUGGCUAUCUGGAUCCUAUGACAAGAGAAAACAUUGAUCCUUUGGGGUUGAUUCAAAAUAUUUAAUUAUAAUAAGGAAUAUAAGAAAUCCAAUAGCAAUAUGGAUGGGUAGGGAUAGAAAAUGAGAAAGAUUACAAGGCAAUUAAAUUUGAAUGA